AUGAAGAAUCUGCUCACUAAGAAGUGUUUAUCAAGCCACUGGUUGACUCAGAAAGGGAUUAAGCAGAGAAUGGAGAGGAAGGUUGACUCCAGGUCUUUUAGGGAAGGUGCAGUUAAGAAACCUUAUUCUCCAAAGUUACCGUCCAACAAAAAGUCCUCUGCCUUCUCUGGAACACGGAGGGAGAAACCUAGUGCCAGGCGUCCAGUGCAGCAUCACGCCUCCCAUGCUUGGACCCGAGGGGGCAGGUUAAGAGAAUUGCGCAUCAGGUGCGUGGCCAGAAAGUUCUUGUAUUUGUGGAUUCGAAUGACUUUUGGAAGAGUAUUUCCCUCUAAAGCCAGGCAUUACUAUGAGCAGAGGAUACUACGGAAGGUCUUUGAAGAAUGGAAAGAAGAGUGGUGGAUUUUCAAUCGAGAGUGGAAACUCUGUGUUCGAGCUGACUGUCACUACAGAUAUUACUUAUACAACCUAAUGUUCCAGACCUGGAAGGCUUACGUGCAUCAACAGCAGGAGAAGAGGAACAAGCACAUGAGAGCCAAGGAUCAUGAUGCAAAGCAAAAGAUGCGACAGGCCUGGAAGUCCUGGUUGGUCUAUGUGGUUUGUCGUAGGACCAAACUUCGGAUGCAGUCCACUGCCCUGGAGUUUAGGCAGCGAAGUGUUCUGUGGGUGUGGUGGAGCAAGUGGAGGUGGAGCCUUGGACAGGUCCGCGUGGGCCGUGCCCUUCAUGCGUCUGCUGUGAGGCACAGGGCCCUAAGCCUCCAGCUGCAGGCGUGGUUGCGCUGGCGGGAGCAGCUCCUGCUUGUCCAAAGGGAAAGACAGAAGGUGGUCUCUGCGGCGCAACACCACCAGCACUGGCAAAAGCGGAGAUCCCUGAAGGUCUGGCUUGAGUACCUGCAGGUCCGCAGAGUGAAGAGACAGCGAAACGUGAUGGCUGAGCAAUUCCGCCGUGUCACUGUGCUCCAGACUUACCUCUGUGAUUGGCAGUGGGCCUGGGAGCAGAGGGAGAGCGUGUAUGCCCUCCGCGCUCGGGUAGAGGGGCUGGCCAGGAGAAUGGUGCUGCGGAGGGCCUUUACGCACUGGAAGCACUACUUGCUGCUGCGUGCCGAGGAAGCUGCCCGGUGGAGGGCGGCCGAAGGGCACUGGAGCCGCACCUUGCUGCACUUUUGCAUUCGAGCCCUAAAAGACAAUGUGACCCGUGCCCGUCUCCAGCGAGUAAGAAGGAAUCUCGCUCACCAGCAGCACGGCAUCAUGCUGCUGCACAGGCUCUGGAACACCUGGCAGUCCCGGAUUGAGCAGAGGGAGGAACGAAAGCAGUUGCCCCUACUGCGCGCUGCCUGGGACCAAUACAGAAUAACAGUGCUACGCAAAUUUAUCAGAUUGUGGUCACAGUAUACUCAGAAGAGGCGAGACAAGCAGCUGUUACAGGCCCGAGCAGACAGCCACUUCCGGCAGACAGCCCUGCCUGCAGCCUUCCAGGCAUGGAAAAGACUCUGGCGGUGGCGGAAACAGGGAAGUGCCCCCAGUGCCAGAGCAGCCUGCUUUCACAGGGAGAUGUUAGAGAAGAGAGUAUUUGCUAUUUGGUGGCAGAAGACGUUUCAGCAUCAAGAAGACCGCUUAGCAGAGAGAAUGGCCAUCCUCCAUGCCGAGCGGCAGCUUCUGCAAAGAGCCUGGUUCACAUGGCACCAGCGGGCAGCAGCGUGUUGUCGAGAGCGGCAGUGGCAAGCAGCAGCCUGUGCCCACCACCGCCUCGGGCAGCUCAGGAAGGCCUUCUGCGUCUGGAGGGAGCUCAGAGCAGAGAGGACGGGCGGGCAGCUGGCUGCAGAGUUCCACUCGGCGCGGCUCCUGCAUCAGGCCUGGGACAGGUGGAGGGAGUCUUACCGGAGCCAGGUACUGAGCAUCCUCCAAGAGGCGGCAGCCAGGGAGAGUUGGCACAGGCGGCGGCUGCUGCGGGCUGUGUUCCACCUCUGGAGAGAGCACACCAGGGUCCGUGUGGAUGAAGCAAAGAAGACCCGUCAAGCAGGCGCUCACUACAGAAGGACCGUGCUUUCCAAGGUCCUGGUCCAGUGGCAAGAGGUGGUGUCAGUGCACAUAUACUGCCGACAGCAGGAGGACUGUGCCGUCAGGGAGGCCCGGAGGGUGCUGGACAGGGGCUGCCUCAGGACCUGGUUUCGGCACUGGCGGGUCUGUGGCCAGAGAGCCACCCAGGAGACAGUCCAGCUGGAGAGGGCGGCCCAGCAUUACCACCAGCGGCUGCUGCUGCGGGUCAUGACCAGGUGGAAGGCGCACCAUCUGGGCUGUGUCAGGAAGAGGCUCCUGCAGAGGCAGGGCGCCCAUCUCCUGGCCCAGACACUCGGCCGGUCCUGCUUCCGCCAGUGGAGACAACAGCUGGUGAACAGGAGGCAGGAGCAGCAGGCCACGGUGCGGGCCCUUUGGUUCUGGUCCUUCUCCCUCCAGGCCAAGGUAUGGGCUGCGUGGCUGGGCUUUGUGCUGGAAAGGAGGAGAAAGAAAGCGCGGCUGGAGAGGGCAGUGCGGGCUUACCGCCAGCGGCUCCUCCAGGAGGGUGUCCCACGCCUGCUGCGCUUCACAGCCAGCAUGAAGGCCUUCCGGCGGGAGCUGCGCGCCCAGCAGCAGGUGCAGGCAGUCCAGAGUCUCCACCGUGCGGUCCAUCGCUGUGCCAUGCUCUGGAAACAGAAGGUGCUGGGUCCAGGCAGAGAGCCCCAGCCCCACAUGUACACCACGCCUGGCAAGAGAGUGACAUUGGAAGGCCCCCUUCCCGACUGUGUUGCCGCCGGGGCUGGAGAUGCCACCCUGGAGACCAAGAGGCUGCGAGGUCUUCGCGGGCCUCAGGGAGCUCCAGGCAGCCUGGCCCUGGCUGCCGGGGACCCCCAACUCCUAGAGCUUAACAUCGCUCGCUUGGCAAGGAAGCAGCCACGACGCCCGGACUUCCUGCUGGAGCCCAUGAGGAGCUUGGAGCCCAAGGGGUGUAGCACCCUUGGGGGCCAGAGGUCUGAGGUGCCGUGGGAGCGCAGCCUGGGUCCGGCCCAGCCGGCAGGCCCCUCCCUGACGAGGCCUGUGCUGGCCCCGGGCAGCGCCCUGCCCCCUCUCAAGGCCCUGCCAAGGCCCUCUGGCCCUAAGCUGCCCCCACCAGCGCAUCCGGGCCCAGAGCUGAUGCCUCCCGCCUCCUUCGUGCUGCAUGGGGCAGAAGCACCUGCCGGGCUAUCAGCAUGGCUGACCACCCCUGGACUUAGGCCCCAGGCCCCUCUACCCCUGACCAGUGUCCCCGACCCCCGUCUGCUCCUCCCUGCGGACUUCACAGGCACCAGGCCUGAGCCCAGCUCUGGCUCCGAUGCUGCAGGCGCACCCCUGAGGCCCGUGGGCACUGGGGCCUCUGCUGGUGCCUGUGAUCCCCCCAUUCAGCCUGGGCCCUGCGGGGAAGGGGGGCCAGCGCAAGCUCCUUCUGUUGCCCUGGGCCACUCUGACCUGGAGGCUGAGCUUGAGGGCAUCUGGCAGCAACUGCGGGAUCACCAGACCACACAGCAGAACCUCCGGUCCUGCCAGCGGCAAGCGCGCAGCCUGCGCAGGUGGCUGGAGCUGAACCAGGAGGAGCCCGGGCCUGAGGACCAGGAAGCAGCGCAGCGGGUGCAGGAGGAGCUGCGGGAGGUGGAACUGCAGAUCCGGCAGCUGGCGUCGGAGCUCCAGGCCCAGCGCCAGCCCAUCAGCGCCUGCGUUGCCCGCAUCCAGGCCCUGCGGCAGGCUCUGUGCUAGAGCCACACCGCCGUGAGGCCCCAGCCACCUUCAGAAUGGAAUGCAAAGCUGCACUGAGUUUUAUUGUUUUAUUUCAAAAUGUUGCAAUUAAAUGAAUUACUGUUCAGAA